CUGUUCCGACGAGCCCGAGCACAGACACAGCCGACAGUGUGCGCAGCCCCACUGCCACGCUGUUUGGCCCGAAAAGGAAGCCGUGUCGGCGUUCCACAGGGCGGCGGUGGGCGGUGCUUUUGGUCCCCUGCGUUUGCCUGGGUUUUGAGGCGGCUGCCGCACGGAGCUCCUGCCUUCCGCCAUCUACCUUCCACCGUCGUUCUCAAUCACACUCAAGCCAUGGCGUCUGUCUCCAAAGAGUAUCUGGAGCCCUUUGACAACCUCUUCCUGGCGCUGGAGGAUGACUAUCAUCUGAUGAGCGUUGCGGGGGUCUACACCCUCAGUCGGCUCGUCAGCAUCAGCGAACUCAAGUCCAACAUCGAUGGAUUUGCACGUAUCACGGGCCGGUGUCUGAAGCGAGUUGUCUGGAACAAGAACGACAUCUUUGACCGGCCCUACUUUGUUGCGGACGAGAACUAUUCGAUCGACAAUCACUUUACCGUCGUCGAUGUGCCUGCGCCUGGGACCCUCGAGCAGAUCCAAGAUCUCGCCUCGGAGCACUUUUCCAAAAAGUUUGACUUCAACAAGCCUCUGUGGGAGUGCAUUUACUUCCGAGGUGCCCUCGACGGAGCCAAAACGGUGUAUCUGUUCAAAGUCCAUCACGCCAUCGCCGAUGGCCAGGGCUUUGUCCGGGCUCUGCUCAAGUACAUCUCGGAGAUCUCGCCCGAAACGGAGGUAUCGGAAAUGAUGUACAAGGGCAACCAACACAGCGGCUCGGCUGCGACAAACACCAGCAAGCCGGCUCCGAGCCACCUGGACUCCAAGGACAAACCCAAGCAGCACGAUGUGCGCAAGACCCUCGAGAAGCUCUCGCGGUCAUCAAUCUUGUUGGCCUACAUGGUCUUUGGCAUCCUCAUGGCCAUCUUUGUUGGCCUGCGUCUUGUAGCCUCAUUCAAGCACUCCUUCAGCCGAUCCCGCAUGACAGCGAACAAACAAGUCGCCUGGUCGGCCGAGCCCAUCUCCCUCACUGAAGUCAAGCUCAUCAAGAACACGUUCCGGUGCACCGUCAACGACGUUCUGAUGAGCUGCAUGGGUGUGGCCAUCCAACGUUAUCUUGAGUCACAGAAUGCCCUGAAGGACUCCAGCUUUUGGGUGCUUGUGCCGACAUCGAUGAGAAGGCAUGACGACUGGAGUGUCAGCAACCGCACGUCUGGCUACAUGCUCAACCUGCCCCUGGUUUCGAAGGGUGAACGGGUGCGACACCUGCAGAGUGUGUCCAAGAGAAUGAAGGCCCAGAAAGGAACCAUGGAGCCGCACAUGUACUUUGGCUUCAUCCCGAUCCUCUGGCACUGGGUCAAUUUGCUGCCCAAGUGGACCCAGUUCACAGCCUACAAGGUCCAUGCCGUGAUUACCAACGUUCCUGGGCCGGCCAGCCAGCUGUACUGGGGCAGUAGCGCCGUCGAGAAUGUCGUCGGGCUCAUCCCGCAGCCCGCACCCAACGCCCUGGGCACCACCAUCUAUUCAUACGACGGCAAAAUUGUGAUUUCGGUCCUGAUGGACCUCGACCAGGACGAAAGCGACGAUCUCCUCUUCGCACCCGGCUCGGCUCGUGUGAUUGUUCAGGAGUAUGCCAAGGCAUUUGAGGAGCUCCUGACCCUUGCCAAGGAUGAGCUGGAGGCCCAGAAGAACCAUGUACCUCUUGAAGACAAGAAGCAGCAGUGAGGUCUCGUCUGGCUGACCUGAAGUAUGCUACCGGCUGACAAGAUGCUGCCGGGGCACAUCGUGUUUGGCGAUGGAGGAGGCGACCUUGGCGGAUGUUGAGGUUCCUAUCGUCCAGCACACCGCUUUGCACACCGCACCGUCACGACCCGACCUUUUUUUUUUCAGCUGGGUCACGCUUUGGAUGGCUGUCUCGAGCACGACCCAUCCAUGAUCAUCUACUACAGACACGUUUUAACAAUCAGGC